CAGGGCGCCGCUGGCCGGGCUGCAGCUGCACGAAGAGUGCCCUCCGCCUGGCACGUGGAGAGUCUCGAGUCCAUCUCUGCUUGAGGGCGCACCGGAGCCCAGGCAGCCCUGCGGCCAGCCUGCGGGCCUCUUCCUUUCUGCGCGCAAUGGAGCCCCCAGCGCCUGCCAGCCGAGACCCGUCGGAGACCGCUUGCUUGGUGGGCAGCCGCAGUAGCCGCGGCGCCAGCAGCCUGCGCCUAAAGAGUCUGUUCACAGGCUCCCAGGAUGCCUUCCCUGGCCUGCCCCAAGAGAAUGGACAUGCAGAAAUGCCUGUGGGCCUCGCGAUGGAGCGCCGCUUGGCCCCCCACUGCCACCUGGGCUCCUGCUCCCCCAGCCAAAGCCAGCAGAAGCUCCAGGCUCAAAAGAAGCUCCGCAUUGCCUGCGUGGUCUGCCUCCUCUUCAUGGUUGGGGAGGUCAUAGGUGGGUAUUUGGCGCACAGCCUGGCCAUCAUGACUGAUGCAGCCCACUUGCUGACGGACCUAGGCAGCAUGGGGGUCAGCUUAUUCUCCCUUUGGGUUUCCACUCGCCCGGCUACCAAGACCAUGAGCUUUGGCUGGCACCGCUCAGAGACGUUGGGUGCCCUGGCCUCCGUCCUCUCCAUCUGGAUUGUCACAGGAGUGCUGGUCUACCUGGCUGCAGCCCGCAUCAUCAGCAAUGACUAUGAAAUCGAAGCCUCUGCCAUGCUGGGCACCUCGGCCUGCGCUGUGGGAGUGAACAUCAUCAUGGCCUACCUUCUGCAUCAAUCGGGCUCUCCCCACAGCCAUGGACUGGGCACAGGGGGCUAUGAGCGGAUGGACAGCCCCUGUGCCCCCACCGUGCCCACCCAGAGCAACACCAGUGUGCGAGCUGCCUUUGUGCAUGUGGUGGGCGACCUGCUUCAGAGCAUUGGAGUCUUUGUGGCUGCAACUGUCAUCUACUUCAAGCCCCAGUAUAAGAUUGCAGAUCCCAUCAGCACUUUCCUCUUCUCAGUCUUUGUGGUGGGUUCCACCGUGACCAUCCUCCGUGAUGUCUUCCGUGUGCUCAUGGAAGGGGCCCCGCGGGGUGUGGAAUUCCGAGCGGUGAAGGAGAUGCUGCUCUGCAUCAAGGGUGUGAAGGGGGCUCACAGUCUGCACCUUUGGGCCUUGACCCUCAGUCAUCAUGUCGUGGCUGUGCACGUGGCUGUAGAAUCUGCUACCGACAUGGAGGUGGUGCUGCAGGAAGCCACGGCCCUGCUCCGGAGCAAGUUUGGCUUCAUCUCCUGCACCGUCCAGGUGGAACGCUACCUGGACGACAUGGCUGCCUGCCACCAGUGCCAGGACCCGCAGGACUGAGCUGAGGGCUGCCCUUGGCACCAGCCGGCCUGCCCUGCUCCUUCACAGCCAAUCCUAGGAGGUGCUUGGGAAUCCCAGGGCCCACAGGGGUGGAGGCUCGCCUCUUCUUCUUCCGCCCAAGUCCACCGCAAGGGCCUUCCCCUGAGGCAGGCUGAGUCAGAGCACCAGGACAGGAGGCUGAGCACCUGUCCCAGCCCCUCUGCAUCUUCCUUUUACGUUCCAGGCCAAGGGGGGGGGGGCUGCUUCCUUGCCCACAGCUGAUUCCCACCCCUAUUUGCCUAAAUGUUUUUGAUGUGCAAAGGCCAACUGAGGCUGGGAUGGGGAGUUAAGUGAGAAAUUCCUCAGCCCCUCCAGCAGUUGCUGCUUCUGGUCACAAGGUCAGGAGCAGCUCUGUGUUCAGCUGGUGACCGUCUAGGUCCAGCCAGGCCUUUCAUGUGUCUAGUUUUGCACAAAGAUGCCAUAGCAGCAGCAGCAGAGAAAAUGCCCUACUACAGAGGCCGGCCUGCCUGCAGGGCAGAUAUUGAGGGACAAAUCCCUCUCCUCCCCGCCCCGUGGAGGCUGCCGCUUACCCAUGCAGAACACAAGGUGGCAUCACAAAGGACCGCUUGGUGGGGAAGCCACAAGGCUGAAGACAGUUCCUCGUUCAGCACAACCAUGGGGGACCCACCAAGGAUGAAACCACUUUGGGCCCCAUGGCAGCCUCCACAAAGGUCCAAAACCACCCUCCUGCCCCCGUCCUCUGGGGUUGGCCGUACAACCGCUGCCUGGCAGAGGCAAGAUGGGCACGAGGAGGACCUGGUCUCCCAGCAGCCACUGCCCGUGCCGAGGGCAAGGACCGGCCCACCCUUGGGCAGUGGCAACGAGCACUGCAGCUAUUGGGAAAUCCCUCCAUGCCAAGCAUUCCCGCCUUUCCUGCACUUAGGUGUCGUGGUGUCUGCUUUCACCUUGUGGAGUCCACGUCUCUCUGUGUAUCUACAUGUGUGCGCGCACGCAGGCCUGCUGUUUAACCAAGUGCUGAAAAGUGGCAGUGAUUCCAAUAAAGUA